CUUUUCUGCGCCCCGAUACGAGCAAGAGGGAGGAAAGACAACAACAUUGCGGAUGAUAAUGUUUUGCAGAUUUUAAACGAGGAGCUCUUCUUUUUUAUGGCAGUUGGCAAACCACGAGCGGCCUUUAGUGCGCAUGCGGGACACUUCCAGGAUGUUUGAAGUUCACAUCCAAGCGGGAAGUUCGACCAGGCCAAAGGAAAAAAUAAUAUCCGAUUUCACAAACAAUCGGAUUUGGGUCACUUCAAGCUGCGGUGUCAGACGUAGCCUAUGACAACAGUUAAAUGAGUGAAAUCAUAAUUUUGCCCCUGCCGUGUUGUGCUUUAUUGUGAAAGUCUCUACCGGAUGUUCAUUAAGUUCCAUGUGGAAACUUGGCGGAGAUGCGCUCCUGUGGAGAAGCCAACCGCUUUUUUCCCCGCUCAUGAGAAGCGCAAGCAGCGAAACCUCUCUGCCUCCUCGCCUGCUGAGAGGAAAAACAUCAUCACAUCACUUCUGCUCAGACUGGGAACCUGCAGCAGCUGAAAGGGCACAAUAAGUAAGAAAAGCGGCUUGGUGAACUCUGUAGACCCAAUUUGAUGUCUGCAGCGACGCCUGCAAACACAGAAGUGCAGUUUUAGGAUUUGGACCGUAAAAUUAGCCCAGGUAGUUUUUUUUUAAAUUCCCCUAUAAAGCAACAACUUGUGCGUUAAUGCUUAAUCCGGAGGGAAAGUGGAGGAAAAGACCAGAGACGCUCAGUUUGGGAUUUAAAUUAAAAAAACCCGGGAUGUAGUGUUUUGGGGUUUGCUUUCCCCUUUAUGCUCGGACCUGUUGGUGGGGGGAGAGGAUCUGCACUCCCAGGAUGAACUUCCCAAUCUAAGUCUGCGUACUUCUUGCGCUUUGAAGACAUUUUUAAAUAAUGGGUUGAAAGCGGAGAAGAUGUACUGCGGGGACACUCAACGUGGGAGGGAGCUGAUUUUUCUCUGUUAUGUAAUGAUUGCCAGCGCCUGAUAAGAAAUUGGUAAAUCACAACCCGCACCACUUCCCCCAACCUUUUCCCCUGUCUGUCCAAGAAGUGUGCUUUUUAUUCAUAUUUAUAAUUUAGUGAAAGCUGGUACUAUUAAAGCUAUUAACAGUGUAACUUGAUGAUCUGUUUAAAUCUGUCAGAAAACUUAAAAAGCAGAGAUCCUUGUUAGUGAUUAGUUACCCUUGUUUCUCCCUCCACUGGAUGAUCUCUUGUUGUUUUUUGUGUUUUAUCUGUAAAUUGUGAAUCAUGAUGUCUCAAAUUGUUGACCUUCUCUCUGGUGGAGUUAAAAUGACUGCAACUUCAGGAAACCAGACUCUCACCAGCAUCCUGAGCUUCAUUUUGAGCUUUGAACCCUCGUCAUGCCGUAACAUGCUAUAAUGCUUGUUCUUGCCCUCAUCCUUAGGGAUAUGUAGUCAUUCUGAAACUCUCAAUCCCUUCACCUUUGUGACUUUCUGUUUCUGAACACCAAAGGUCAAUAGUUAAACUUCUGCAGAGACUUUCUUAGGUCCUCCCUCCCCCCAACUCAUCAGGGCUGGUGGGGAGGGUGGAGGCGAAACUCCAGCUCGUGGUGUUCACACACGCCAAGAGGAAGGCUCCCACCAUGGAGUCCAACCCGGAGAGCCCCAACCGGGCCGUGGAGUACCUACUGGAGCUCAACAACAUCAUCGAGAGCCAGGCCAAGCUCCUCGAGACGCAGCGCCGGCGCAUUGAGGAGCUGGAGGGGCAGCUGGACCGGGUCAGUCAGGAGAACCAGGACUUGAGGCUGGAGCGUGGCCCCCGGGGGUCCGACCCCCCGGAGCAGAACCACAACCACAGCCAGCCUCUGACCCUUCCGAUCCAGCCAGGCGGUGGUGGGGGCUGCAGCGGGAGUGGUGGCACCUCAACGCCUCAGGUGACAUCUGGAUCAGCCACAACUCCAGGGCCCAGCAGGGAGCGCAGGAGUCACGCUAGACUGACGCGAGGCCUUUCCUGCGGUUCCUCCAACACGGACCGGGACCGGCUGGAACGCACUGACAGCACAGACACCAACACCAGCUCCAGCGCACGCAGGAAUGUGGAGGGGGAGUCCCAGUGUCCGGAGACAGUGGCUCACAAAGACAGCUCCUUCAGCCAGUCGCCUUAUCUCCACGGCUCGGAGCGAUACACUGACAGCGGCGGCCCCUCGGCUCCCAGGGGCCCGGCCAGCGUGGCCACCUCCAGCCCGGCCAGCCUGGCCUGGGCCCUGCGGAGCCGCCACCAGCCGGCGAGCCUGGCCCUCCGCAAACAGGAAGAGGAGGAGAACAAGAGGUGCAAGGCCCUGUCUGACAGCUAUGAGCUCUCCACAGAUCUGCAGGAUAAGAAGGUGGAGAUGUUGGAGAGAAAGUACGGAGGCUCUUUUGUAAGUCGCAGAGCAGCCAAGACCAUUCAGACGGCCUUCAGACAAUAUCGCAUGAACAAGAACUUCGAGCGACUCCGAAGCUCGGCCUCGGAGAGUCGCAUGACUCGGCGCAUCAUCCUGUCCAACAUGAGGCUGCAGUUCUCCUUUGACGAGCGCCAGCCGCAGCAGCAGGCGCAGACGCAGACCAACUUCACCCACAGCGUGGCCAUCGGGCCUCCUCACUCCCCGGAUCCGGACCGCGCCCCCGACUACACCCAUCUGGAGGAUUCCUUCUCCAAACAGGUCAAGUCCUUGGCCGACUCCAUAGAUGACGCCCUCACCUGCCGCGCAAGUCGCGAUGACUCCCAGGAGGGCAGCAGGGAGGGUGGACCAAUCAGUGAAGACUUUGGAGAAUGCAUGUGGAGUAGCAGCAGCAACCCGUCUUCCCAGAGAGGCUUGGGAGAAAGAGGCAGAGGAGCUGGGGGGGGACACAGCAUGCAUGGUGACAGUACUGCCACAUCUUACAGUGACGUCACUCUUUACAUGGAUGAUGGGAUGCCAUCUUCUCCUCUGUCCCUCGACCGGGCACCCAGCAGCACAGAUACAGAGUACUGGGGUCCCAGUGGGGGUGUCGGAGGCCGUGAGGACAGCAGGGACACUGAAGGAGGGGGAAGCAGCAACAGCCGGCGCAGCACCCCAUGCACCGAGUGCAGAGAUUACCGACUAAGGGGGGCCCACCUGCCACUUCUCACCAUCGAGCCACCCAGUGACAGCUCUGUCGACAUGAGCGAUCGUUCAGACCGAGGCUCCCUGAGCAGACAGUUGGUGUAUGAGCAGGAACCCGGAGUGGGGUCGGGCUCCCCACAGGGAACCCUCAAGCACUCCCCCAACUCAGGCACCCACCCGUCCUCAGCGGCAGCUGCCCAGGGUCAGACCAGACCACCUGGCAGAUCCAUACCCACUCAUAUCCCUCAUCAGGUGGCAGCCCACCACCACCAUCACCACCAUCCCAUCCAUCACCAUCAGUACCCUGACACGCCCUCAUCCUCUUCCUCACCCCAGCAGCCCCCCACCACCCCGCUGUCAUCCUCCUCUUCGACAGCGCUGCCGCCCGGCGCUCUGGAGCAGCCAUGCUGCUCCGAUGGAGACAACGACUCCCUCAACUCCACCACCAACUCCAACGAGACAGUCAACUGCAGCUCAGGCUCCUCAUCUCAGGACAGCCUGCAGGAGCCUCUUCCUCCUCUGGGCAAGCAGACAUAUCAGAGGGAGAGCCGCCACAGCUGGGACUCUCCACCCUUCAACAGCGACGUGGUGCAGAGACGCCAAUACCGCAUUGGUCUCAAUCUCUUCAACAAAAAACCAGAAAAGGGCAUCCAGUACCUGAUAGAGAGAGGCUUUGUGUCAGACACUCCAGUUGGGAUCGCUCGCUUUCUUUUGGAAAGAAAGGGCCUCAGCCGGCAGAUGAUUGGCGAGUUUCUUGGAAACCGACAAAAACAGUUCAACAAAGACGUUUUGGACUGUGUGGUGGAUGAGAUGGAUUUCUCAGGUAUGGACAUCGAUGACGCUUUGAGGAAAUUCCAGGCGCAAAUUAAAGUUCAAGGGGAAGCCCAAAAGGUGGAGAGACUUAUAGAGGCGUUCAGUCAGAGGUACUGCGUGUGCAAUCCAACCCUGGUUCGGCAGUUCCAGAACCCUGACACCAUCUUCAUUUUGGCGUUUGCCAUAAUCCUCCUCAACACGGACAUGUACAGCCCCAACAUCAAAGCAGAGAGGAAGAUGAAACUAGAAGAUUUCAUCAAGAAUUUGAGAGGUGUGGACAAUGGUCAGGAUAUUCCCAGGGACCUGCUGGUUGGGAUUUACCAGCGAAUACAGAAAUGGGAGUUACGGACCAAUGAUGAUCACGUCUCACAGGUGCAAGCGGUGGAAAGGGUCAUUGUUGGCAAAAAGCCUGUGCUGUCCCUUCCCCAUCGCCGGCUGGUGUGUUGCUGCCAGCUCUACGAGGUGCCUGACCCCAACAGACCUCAGAGGACAGGGGUUCACCAGCGAGAGGUCUUUCUCUUUAAUGACCUGCUGGUGGUAACCAAAAUCUUCCAAAAGAAGAAAACCUCAGUAACCUAUAGCUUCAGACAAUCUUUCCCUUUGGUUGACAUGCAAGUCCACAUGUUUCAGAACUCAUAUUACCCUCAUGGCAUCCGCCUGACCUCAUCCAGCCUCGGCGGAGAGAGAAAGGUUCUUAUCGUCUUUAUGGCACCCAGUCAGCAAGACCGCACCCGGUUUGUUAGUGACCUCAGGGAGAGUAUUGCUGAAGUCCAAGAGAUGGAGAAAUACAGAGUGGAGUCGGAACUGGAGAAACAGAAAGGUGUGAUGCGGCCCAGCUUGCUGGCGGGCACCGUGGAUGGAGGAGGUGUAGGUGUGAAGAGCGAUGUUGUGAAUGGCACCUUGGGAAGGACGAGUUUCGAUGACAACUGCUCAGUGGGUGAGGGUCUGAAGCGCACAGCGCUCAGCUCAUCUCUCAGGGACCUUUCGGACACAGGGAAACGUGGUCGCAGGAACAGUGUUGGUUCUCUGGACAGUACAAUGGAAGGCUCCAUCAUUAGCAGCCCGCAGCCUCAUCAGCGCUAUCCAAUGCCGGGUGUCAUCCCUGGCUGCUACGGCACAGAAGAUUUCCGGCCUCACCGCCCCAUCCUGAGCCCCGGAUCGGGGGUGGGGGGUGGGCCGGGGCAGCAAAUUACCACUGCUGGGACAGGAGUUGGGGGAGUCUCCAGCAGUGCAGAGAGAGCAGGUGCGGGGGGCGGUCCUGGGGGGAGCAACAGCAGCAACAACAGCAGCUCCUUCCUGGGUUCACUCUUCGGCAGCAAACGCGCCAAACCACCAGGGCCCCUUAUUCCACCGGGGCCACCAUACCCCGCACCUGUACCCCCACUGACUACUGGAGGAGCCCCUCCUCACUCCCCUUCAUCCCUAUGCCAGCUGGAGGGGGGAGCUUCCAAGAUUCAGGCACUGCACGCACAGUUCUGUCACGUGGGCACAAUACAGCCUCCGCCACCUUACUACCAUCACCAUCGCUUUCACGUCCAGCCCGCGCCCCCUCCUUUGCAAGGUGUGCCCCCUCAUGCUUUACAGAGAGGCCCACUACCCUGUCGUGCUCCGGUUGGGCCACCGCACGUCCAGCACCCGCAGCUGGCCCAUCUCUCCCAGCUCUCCCAGCAUGGGCUUCAGGGUCGCUACACCAACAUGGUGGUCGGAUGUCCCCCCCCUCUUUCUCCUCUCUCCCAACAUUCCCAGAGCCAGCAGUUCGCCCUCUACCACGCGCCGCCCACACAAUCUGCCAGAGGGGCCGGCGGCCCUGGUUCCAAACCCCCGCUAACGUUGUCUCUUUCCCACCCCCACGCACACUCCCAAACCCACCCCAGGCACGCACAAACGCCGCACCCAACCAGCCAUUCCACCCAUCAAACACACUUUAUAUUCGGCACGUUGCCCCACAACCUGCCGUCCGCCUCCGUCAGUGCGCAUCACGCAGCCUCCGCCGCCCCGUAUCUGCCCCAGUACCCUCCUCUAUCCUCUAUCCCCCCUCCCCCACCACACUCCCCUUUACCCCCCCCUUCGUCCCCCCUUACCCCUCUUACACCUCUCUCCCCUCACCCCCCCCAGCACCCAGGGCAGCCUCAGCAGGGGCCGCAGGUGACCGGGGCUGGAUCGACAGGUACGGUGGGCAGCUCCAAAUCCAAACCUAUCAACCGGAUAAGCACCGUAGUGUGAGCCGGACGUGGAGCUCCAGAGGCCACCGCUUCGAGGACAGGUACGAGGAGGCGGGCAGGUCCCGAACCCGAAGCAAGUCCGCCCGGACCGAGAGCAACAGCAGCAGCGCUGGCGACAAGAGGAAACGCAGGCUGCUGCGCCUCUGCUAUUUUCACCUUCGCUUCCCACAUAUGUAGGCGGAGCUAAGGUUUGUUCAAAGUUUUAAAAAAAUCUGAAACUGAAAAAAGAAAUUUGAAUCUGAAAAGUAGUUUUUAACUUUCUUUUAAAUUUCAGAUCUUUAUUUUGAGCUUCAGAACAGUUUUUCCUGCUUCAAAUCUUUUUUCAGUUUUAAAUCUUUUUUCAGUCAUAUGUUCUUUUUUAUCUUUACAUUUUUUUCAAUAUUAAAUCUUUUUUAUUGCAAAAAAUAUUUUUCAUGUUUCUAACUUUUUAUCAAAUAUAUAUUAUUUUCAGAUUAAAAUUUUUUUUUUGUUAAAAUUUCUUUUAAUCUUAAUUUAUUCAGUUUUGUUUUCUUUUUCAAAAAUAAUUUUUCUGUUUCAAAAUAUUUUUUUUCAGUUUGAUUUUUUUAUUUGAAAAUAUUUUUUCAGUUUCAAUUUUAUUUUUUUUAGUUUCAGUUUUUUUUUUCUUUUGAACAAACUUGAUGGCCCCAAUUUAGCUCCACAUGGAGCUAGCGAACACUGCUAGCGGUAAACGGUAUGUGCUCACAUACCUGGAAAAACUGCACACAGAAUAUAACAUGAGCUCACGUUGCUACUUUUGCCACACACAAUCAAAAAAAAGUCUAUAGCCAUAUAAUUUUAAAUGAAACUAAAUCUAUAUCUGAUAAUAAUGCUUAAGUUUUGCUUGUUUGAAGUCAUAGGUAUGUAUGAGAAUAUUUCCAUGUACAGUACCAAGAUGUUAUAAUGUGACACUGGAAAACCAGAGUGUUCCUAUAUCCACUGACUCACAGUGGGUUUGUAAAUAGAGACUGAACCACCGAAUGCAUUCCUGUUGCAGUUUUGCAUUGAAAAGAGAAGAAACUUGGAAAAAAAAAAGAAGAAGAAGAAAUCUCCCUUGACUUUGCAAUAAUUUUCUUGGCUUCAUGAUGUCCCCAUCCCUGGUUGCUGGUUACACGUUGCCAUUUAGGCCAUUUCUUUAUUCUGAAGAUGACCUCAGAUAUUUGCUCUGUCUUAAACUUCUAAGCCAAUCGCAGGUUUUUAACGCUGUUCUGCCUUCCUGCUCUUACAUCAGCUGGAGUCAUGGGGCUUGCUUACACUUUCUGUGUGGGUUUGGAAAUCUAAUCAGUGAUACAAACAAUAAUUUAUUUUAAGUGUUUCUGAACCUUCUUGCUGUUUUAUUGAUAUUACGAUAUACCUGCUCUACCUGAGUAUAAUCAAUAUUGUUCGAUCAUUGUUUUGAUCAGUGAUUAAUUAUAUCAGCAAAUGUUUGUAAAGUAUGUGCACAUACAGAUCCUCUCAUUUUGCCAUAACCACGGGAGGGUAUUCUGAUGUGUGAAAUGUGGUUUUCUUUCACAUCAUCAUAUUUUUUCCUUUCUGUCUGUAAUGUUGAGUAUUAUUUAGUGUUAAAAUAAUGAAAUAAGUUUGGAUUUCUCCAAACAGAAAUCCAAACUGUUUGAGCACUGAUGUAGUUCAUCUUCAGUGCCAUUUAUUAACAAAAUUGCAUAUUUUUUUGAUCCAGAAGAGAAUAAAUCAUAGAGGACAAAAUUAAAUGUCAGUGAAUGUUGUUGGUCGUGUAGAUGACAUGACUAACAACAUUCAGAGAUAUUUAAGUUAAAUUUAUAUCAUGAGUUUCUCUACAUUGGGGUGAUGUCUAAAUAUAAGGAUGGAUGUGUAAUAUCAAUAAUCAACUGACAGUUCAGGUCAGAGUUUUGCAAACAAUAAUCUCAAAUUAAUUUGGGGUUUUUAUUGAUUUUUUGGUCUAAUUUUGUUCUAAGGUGGAAUAAUUGUGCAACACAUAAUUUAGAUGACAAUAUGGGGGGAAAAAGCUUGAAUAUGUUGUAGAUUUCAUCUGAUCCACACACAGCAAAAAUUUGUACUUCAGGUUAAAAUAAUGUUUUCUUGCUCCUUAAGCAGAUUUGGCCUGUUUUAUAAUUCUUGUCUUGUGUAGUAAAUUAAAGAAAUGCCAGUAUUAGAGACAUUUCUUAACAAAUUUGUGCCUCAAGAUUUCACCCUGGCAAUAGAAAAGCUUAAAUAAGUCAUAAGAAGGGCAACAUUCAUAUAUUUUGCUCUAUAUGACUGUUAGCUUCUGACUGCGAUCACACUGCAGCCUGAAGUGACCCAAUUCUGAUUUUUUUUUUUACCUUUUUUGUAUAUCUUUUUUUUGUGCCUUUAUGCGACCUGUGUCAGAACUUUUCAUGACAGUCUGAACAAGUCAGAUUGGAUUUAUUUCGGAUGCGACCGAGGCCGCUUGGAUAUCCGAUACGUAUCCGAUUCUAAUGCGGUCUAACGGCCAGGUCGCAUCCAUCCGACCUGAACGCCAUCGAUACUCGACAUACGUCACUAUUCUGCGCCCAAGUAGGAAGAAAAACCGUGGCGGAUCAUAAUGAGGAUUAAUAUGCUGUUAGCAUCCAUGUUUACGUACGCAAACAGUGAGCACUUCUUCUUCUUCUUUAAGGCGGUUGACAAAACACGAGCACGCUCUCUAUGUGUGACGCUGUUGCGCCCUCUACUGCGCAUGCGGGACACUUUCAGGUCGUUUUCAGUUCACACUGGAGAUCAGAUACACGUCACAUAUUUGAAAGCGUGAAAAAAAUAAAAUAAAAAAAUCAGAUUUGACAAAAGAUCGGAAUUGGGUCACUUCAGGCUGCAGUGUGAAUGUAGCCUGAAACUGUAUUUCCUUACAUCAGAUUUUGGUUAUUGUGUUUGUUUGCUUUUUUUCUGUGCUGAAAAAAAGCACGCUUUGUGGUUUUGCACAUGUGAGGUCUUAAGCCAUAACUGGCCUUCUCCUAAUCAUCCCUCUUCUGUCACUUUGAAAAUCAAAAUAUUAUAUUUUCUGAUGCCUCAGCAUGUCGCUGAAGGCUUCUUGGGUGAAAUCACUACAGUAGUUAUGAAUGUAAAAUAGCCUGCAGGUACAUACUUUAUUUUAUGAAUUUUUUGUUUGUUUUGUUAUUUAUUAAUUUUCUUGUGGGCUAAAUGUAAGUGUUACCCCCUUUUUGCUACUGCAUUCUUCGAGAUAAAAUUGAGCACUGAUGAAGUUCAUCUUCAGUGCCAUUUAUUAACAAAAUUGCAUAUUUUUUUGAUCCAAAAGAGAAUACAUCAUAUAAUUAAAUGUCAGUGAGAUGCUGAAACUUGAAGAAGAUUUUAACUUUUAAAAAGGGAUUUUAAGAAAGUUUUGAGAAUGUUAAAUGGAAAGUAUUUGUUGGGUAUUCUUUUUAUUGUGUCCUUUUUAACUAUUCCUGCAUGAAUAUAUCUGCACUUAUUGAAUAGAUUGUACUAUAUAAACAUGAAUGUACAUAUUAAACUAUACAUAGGCUUCUUAUAAUUAUGGGAUGAACUGCUCCCAUUCUGUAUUCAGGUGCGUGCAUGUGAGUCCCAUUAUGUAUGCACAUUUAAAGCAAAGACGGGGACAGGAAAUGUUGUCCAAAAGGAUUAUUGACCUCUUUUCUUCUUUUCUUAUUGUUUCAUACUGCCAGAGCGAGAAUGAGUUACAGCAAUUAUACACUCAAGGCCUGGGAAAUGUUAAUGUCAGUGCACUUAUUGAUAUUAUUUUUGAACAUGAUUUUCUUUUUUUGUGUAUGUAUUACAUGUAAUGGAAGAAUAGAGAACUGAGAUGUGAAUAUUUAUUGCUUCUGAUAAAUUAAAGUGUCCUUGCAGUGAAGUAACAA